AGAGGAUUUAAGUGAGGGGGAACAGACAAAUACACAAAGAGGUGGAUAGAUCUGAGGUGAAGACCACGCUCUGUCAGAAAUACUGAGACGACUGAAGUGGUGGAAGCCAAAUAAACUGUUCCUGGAAGGUGCCAACAUAAACCAGGUUGUGCUGUGGCUGUUUUACGAUGUGGAGGCUCGUGCUGACUCUCACUCUGUUCUUCUUGGGAUCUGAGGCCAUAGUGACCUGCAGGGAUAACAAUGAUCAUGAGGUAGACUGGUACAUCUUAUAUAAGGCACCAGGAGAGAUGAUCCCAGAUCCUCAAAAUCCUCAAACUAAAAUAUACAAAAGGGAGAUAAAAUACAUUUACAUCGAUUCAACACAAAGAGUGGAUAUGGUACCCGGUACAACUAACUAUAAGACCCUCAUCGAUUCUUCUGCUGCCUUGGGCAACACGCUGAGGCCAAUCUUGAAGUCAGUUAAAGACAUGCCACGAAACUUUGGAUUCCUCAGUUACAGCGAUCAGCCUCCAGGAUGUAGUGCCAACACUGACAUUUUUGGCCACAGUAAAGGGGUUCUGAUGGUUGAAAAAAACAAUUAUGGGGUCUGGCUCUUACACAGCAUGCCUCAAUUCCCCUUCAGAAGAGACCAAAACAAGUUCUGGCCUGAAAGCGGAUUUAAAAAUGCUCAGACGUUCAUUUGUGUAACUUUCCCCUACGACCAGUUCAAAAACAUCGGUAAUCACCUGCAGUACAUCGGAGCUUUUCCUUUUGACUAUGAUAUUCCAAAUGAUUUCCAUCAAGAGCUCAUUAAAGCAACAAAAUGGGUUCAAGUCAACCCACCAAGAACCUUACAAAUGCUGAUGUCAAAAGAACAUCAGAACUUUUACAGCAUUGCUAAACAACAGUCAGAACACUUAACAGUUGGAGACCUCUACUUCACCAUUGCCCAAGUAAUUGACAGUGAUGUUGCUGUGCAACAUCACUGUCAGGCUGGACGGGCCCGUUCCUAUUGUUCAGACCCCAACCACAGAGUGUACAAUAUUCAAAAUAUCAAUACAAAUACAGGUGUGGGUAGUUGGACUCCUUCAAAUGACCAUUCAAAGUGGUGUGUGACCAAAAACCAAAACAAAUACUGGACCUGUAUUGCUGAUGUAAACAGGGCUAAAACCCAGUAUGAGAGGCGAGGUGGGGCGCUGUGCAUUAACAAUCAACGAAUAAGAGACAUGUUCCUGAAUUUUGCUGGGCUUACUGAGGAUUGUCCACCUACUAUACGUCAUGGAUUCCACAUCAUGGACAUCGACCCUGACUGUGGGCCAAGCCCUGAUUUCAGCACUGAUACUCGCAUGGGCUGAAUACAGCUUAACAUCAUUGUAGAGUUUCCUACUUUUUAAUAAAAUGCUAAAGAAAAAAAGUUAGAGACGCAUUGGUUUAGUCAUCACAGUUUGCCUGUUUCUGAAAAGAUAAGUAUUACAGCAUGAUUCACCGAUUUUAUUCUGUUUGAUUGUGAGAACAAGAUUUUUUUGUGUUGGAUAAAAUAAAUUAAUCUGACACCAUGA